GCUGGGGCUCCGGGGGCGGGGAGCGGCGAACGCGACCGGCUGGGGACCGAGCCCCGGGCGGGGAUCCCUGCGCCCCCGGGCCGCUCCGGCCUUCCCGGGCGGGCUUCGGGCGGUGGGGUGGGGAUGCCUUCCUACCCACGUGUGUGGCGAGGAAUUGUGCAGUGUCCCGAGGACAGCGGGACCGGGCGGGUCGUACCGCGGACGGGGAGGGCUCAGCCCGGUGGGGCGGGGGCCGGGUGCAGGAGGGCGCUGAGGCCACAGCCUGGGACGCGGGGAAGGGACGGCCCCCGUGGGGAAGGGUGAUAGUCACUUCCUCAGCCAUCAGGGCAUUAGGGAGCUCUCCCUCCCGGGGAGGGACCUGUGUCAGGGAGCAGCGCGGGCAGGGAAGCGGGACCUGGACCACGCAGGGUGUAGCCGUGUCUGGGUGAUGGGGAGUUAGGGGGCGUGGGGGGUGAGAAGGCAGUAUACGUGCUGGGAGCGCUGCUGGAGUAGGAACUGCGAAGUGGAACAAGUCUGGGCCAGCACGUGUGUUAAAAGAACCAAAAUAUAACUGGCAGAGGCAGGGCUGGAAGGGAAGAAUCAGCACUCCUCUGGUGUCAGGCUCAGCAGGGGUUAAUGGGAAAUUCUCUACCAGCCUGAACAUUCUCUCUAGUGCAGGGGAUGCUUCCUGCUGUAGGACUAGUGAUCAACCUCUGGGAACAUAGAAAGACUUUAAAGGAACGCAUGUGUACAGUAAAUACUGAACUGCAUCUAGCUCUAAGCUGGAGCACUCUACAUGGAGCAUAGUAAAACACUGCUAAUACACAGAUUUUUAGGUGGACAGGAGGUUGCAUUGGUAGGUGUUGGGGUGUGCAAAUGAUGUGCAAGUCUGGCAAGGCUGAGAGUGACCUGGAUCAGAGAUGCCAGGUGGAUGUUGUCCACUGAAAAGAAUCAUCCAUCACAUGUACAUAGUUCUUUGCCAGUGAAAGCUUUUCAGAGGUAUGCAUCUCUGUUUUACAGAUUCAGAGAAGGAACGGGGAUAAAGGGCCUACAUAAGAUGAAGCAAUGAAUCCUUGCUGAAGCAUCAGACAGCAGCUCGUUGGAGGGGAAGGAUGACGCUGUGGUCAGAACACCACCUAAUUUCUGCAACAUAUUUGCUGUGAGCUGUUGGCCAGAUGCUGCUGGAUGCUAACAGGGGAAAGCUGACUUGGAGGCAAGCGACCAGAAAUGUUUGGACACGUCGUCACUUCGCAUCUGUAACCCGCUUUCAGAGCCACACAGGUGGGAGGAUGUCGAGCACAGCUCCGUCAAAGAAGCCUUACCGCAAGGCGCCCCCGCAGCAUCGCGAAAUCCGCCAUGAGGUACCCAUCAUUCGUGACGACCAGGACGGAGUGAUCUUGGCUGAGCAGAGUCAGGAACCCUUGACGGAUGCAGAAAGGAUGAAGCUACUGCAGCACGAGAAUGAGGAGCUUCGUCGACGGCUGACAUAUGUGACGAACAAAAUGGAGGCGAUGGAGAGGGAACUGGAGUCAGGUCAGGACUACCUGGAGAUGGAACUGGGCCAGAACCGUGAGGAACUGGAGAAAUUCAAGGACAAAUUCCGUAGGUUGCAGAACAGCUACACUGCUUCCCAGAGAACCAAUCAAGAUCUAGAGGAGAAGCUGCAUGCCCUGAUUAAAAAGGCAGAAAUGGACCGCAAGACGCUGGACUGGGAGAUUGUAGAGCUCACUAAUAAAUUGCUUGAUGCCAAAACCACCAUCAAUAAGCUGGAGGAACUCAAUGAACGCUAUCGACAGGACUGUAACCUUGCAGUACAGCUGCUCAAGUGUAACAAGUCUCACUUCAGGAACCACAAGUUUGCCGAUCUUCCCUAUGAGCUGCAGGACAUGGUCAAUAAGCAUUUGCACAGCACUCAGGAGUCUGCAGGCACUGGUCAAGAGGCAGCCCACACCUUAGCACCAUCUGAUGUUGUGCCCACCUCAGUCAUCGCCAGAGUCUUGGAGAAACCAGAAUCUCUGGUUCUGAAUUCAGCCAAGUCUAGCAGUGGCAGCUGUCCCAUGGCGGAGGAUGUCUUUGUGCAUGUGGACAUGAGCGGAGCCCCUCCUGAUGCCUCCAACAGCUCAGGGCAGAUAGGAAAGGAGGGAGGAGAGGCGGGGAAACAGCAGAAUGGUGGCUGCAAGCCACAGAGUAGCAUGGAAAGUGUGCCUGAGGAUGUGCCUGCCUUUGAGAAGUUAAGCCCAUACCCUACUCCCUCACCUCCCCAUCCUAUGUACCCAGGGCGCAAAGUGAUUGAGUUCUCUGAGGACAAGGUAAGGAUCCCAAAGAACAGUCCCCUGCCCAACUGCACAUAUGCUACGCGCCAGGCCAUCUCCCUCAGCCUGGUACAGAGUGAAGACGAGAGCUGCGACAGGCACCGGACACUCCCCAGCAGCCCUGCUUCAGAGGGGCGCCGUUCAGCAUCCAGCUGUUCCUGUCAACAGUCCCCCAAAGCAGCCAGAGCUCACGGAUCUUCCCAGAGCAGCCCAUUCAGCAGCCCUCCCCAAAUCCCGAGCGCCUUUGCCAGCUCUGCCAGCUCUGAGGAGGACCUGCUGGCCAACUGGCAGCGUAUGUUUGUGGACAAGGCACCCCCCACCUCAGAGCGAGUGCUGAUGAACCGCACUGCUUUCAGCCGUGACACAGCCCCCGAGCUCCAGAAAAGGUUCAGCCGCUCCAUGCAGGAGCUGGGUAGGGCAGCCUCGGCUUACUCAGAUGGUGAGGAGUCCGCGCAGAGCUGCAGCUGGACCGUGAGCCGGGACUCGAGUGUGGACACAGACAGCACUGAGUCCAGAGCCCGCAGGAGCCAUUUCUCCUCAGACUAUGGUACAGAUUUCUCCCAGGAUGAAGCCCAGAAGCUGUUGCAUGAAAGCGGUGGAGGCAGUGCUGAGCCUGAAAGCCUCUCACCAGAGAAGCACAAGGACUAUGUGGACCUUGGCUUGCCUGAGAGCCCAGCUGAGGAAAGAGAAAUACUGCUCCAGGGAAACAAGGAGAGCAACCAAGGAGGUGCCCAAGAGGAAAGUGGAGAAGGCAGGGUCAAGCCUCCCUUCAGUCGGAUGCACCGCAGCCCCAAGAGGAUGGGGGUCCACCACUUACAUCGCAAGGACAGUCUGACGCAGGCCCAGGAGCAGGGCAACCUUCUCAGCUGAGACAGAGCAAGAAGCAGCCACAUGCUGCAGAGCUGUGGGAUGCCUCCAUCAGUCCACCUGAGGGAGAAACCUCCCUUAGUACCCUCCUCCCAGAGGGAGUCUGCUCUGAAAUUUUAUAUUUAUUCUCUUCCUUUUGCUACCUGGAAGAGCUGAGGUUCCCCUUCCCUGGCACCUCAGACCCACAGUACUAGCACAUGCAGUGUGCAAAAGCACACCCACUGUCCCGACAUGCUCACAGCUCUCUCCACAGCCUCACACUGGUGCCUGUACCAGAGCUAGUUCUUGGUACCCCUCGUCCUGGUGCCUGUGCCUCUUUACACCCUCAUCCUCCUUCCCCCUUCCCACUCAGGUACCUGAGGCCCUGGGUGCUCUUGUGCUGGUUGCCCACAGCUGCUCUGCUCUAUUUUUUCUUGUGCCAACAGGGCAGACUGCCUGUGUGGUGGUGUCUGAUUCCCCAGGAGCCCCAGGAGCCACAAGUGGGGCACAAGGACUCUCCCAGCGGAUGGCUGUGUGCCGUGGGGAUGUGCUGGGAUUGCUGGUAUCUCAUUUUUCUGUUGGGUUUUCUUUUUCCCCAGCUGCCCAUGGGGUUGUUCUCCAGAAUCUGCCUCUGCGGAUUUCCAGCAUUGGGCUCAGCACCUGGUCCCCACAGAGGCAAUGCAUGGGUGCUGCCUGCUGAGGUGGUUUGGGGAGGCAUUGCCUGCUGGGCCCUGGGGUUUGUGUUUGCGUGUCUCCUCCCUCACACCUCUUCCCCUGCUCUCUGUGCUGUUGUUUUGUUUGAACGGUGCUGAUGCUUUGCUCUUGGGUGGGCUUCUUUCUUCUUUCCAAGCCUUUGGUUUUGGGGUGUAUUGUUUUUUCGUUCUCCCCACCCCGCAUAAACAGACACAGCCGUUGGCAGCCGGUCUGAUGCCUGCGUUGAGGGUGUGUUGAGGAGGCUCAGCUAUCAGAGCUGCGCUUCCCUCUGAUCCUGGCCUCCAGCCUGCAGAAACCCUUCCAGGCUCAAGAACAAGGUCUUGCCCCAGGCAAGCAAGGCGUGAAGGAUGGUACCGGCUUUUCUGGGCAGGGCUUGGUGCAGGGCCAGCAGGGAUGUGAGGGCAGCAUGCUGAGGAGCUGCUCCUUGUAGAUGCACUACCUCAUGGCUCAGCAGUAGCCCUCUGCCAGGGUCUCCUUGCAUGCCCCCUUCUCUGGGGGGCUCCAGGCUGGCUCUGGUGCUUCUCUGGAGCCUUCCCUUCUGGAUGGGGCUCUCUGUGUGUUUUUCCUAGCGUAGUGUGAUAUUGCGUGACUUUUCUUCUCAGUCUUGUGUGCUCAGUGUCUUCUUGAGGGGGAGGGAAGGGGAGAGGUCUGUAGAUGUAGGUAUUUUUUUGAGGGCUUACAGAGCCCAGGCCUCCUGUUUUAAUUUUGUCCUGUGCUCUUGUCUUUCUGGUGUUUCUUGGCUCCCCUGGGAGUGCGAGGCAGAGAACAGCCCAGUUCCCUGCACCACACCCCCUUCAAACCCCACCAUCUGCCCUCGAUCUGCUAUCUGGUUUUUGAGUUGGGUUUGUGUUGUGCUCCCACCCUACACAAUGAGGGCUCUUCAUUGGGCUGGAGGAGAGCACCCCUGUCUGUAUGAGGGAGCUUCUGUUCAUAUGCUUACAUCAAGAUGUACAGCUGAGAGCUGCCUGGGGGCCCUGCUCCUUUCCCCAAACCCUGUCUCUACAAGGGGCUUGCAGCUUGCAGCUGGGGCCAGCCAGGGCUUCAGCUCGAGCCUGGAGGCUCCAGGGCCAGUGAAAGGGAGCUGCAGGCCUCUCUGGCAGUUAUGUAGGUUGCUUUAUGUACCCUGGCUAGAGCUGCUGCCUACACACUCACCUUGUUUCCUGCCACCCUCUGGUGGGGAGGUGGGACUCGGUAUUUCACUGCAAUAUUUUGCUUGGUCCCUGUGCAGACAGGCUGGUGCCGAGAGCAGGCGCCUCCUCUGAGCCUGCAGAGUGUUCAUCUCCCCUGUCCCAGUCGUGGUGGCAGGGUCCUUGUGUGUGCUGUCAUCAGCUGCUCCAAUGCUGCAUUUCUUCUGUUCUGCAGCGUUGCUGAGAGUUUGCACCUGCAGCAGCUGCCAGAUCCUGCCUCAUGGAUGUCACCUGGAGUUGGAUGCUCACUGAGCGAGCUGCUCUGGCUCUGAGGCUGCUGGUGGCCUGCAGUGGGGGGGGGCAUUGCCCCUCAGGGCUCAGCUCCAUCUCCCCCGAAUCCUGGCAUGCUGGUCAGGGGACAAAAACCUCUCUUGCUGAGGCAGCUGGUGCUGAUGGUGCUGGGCAGAGCCAGCCUCCCUCUGCUUUUGGUCAAGGUAGACUGAAAAGCAGAACAGUGGAUGGGUGGCAAAAGAGUGCCCAGAGCCUCGCCAGACAGUUGUGCUUUGCAGCAUUAGGCUGCUGGCAGAGGUUGAGAGAAAGCGGUGGCCUCAAGCAGCAGAGCCUUCUCCCCUUGGGCACGGUGCCCUCUGCAUUCCUGCCCACCUCCAGCAGUAUUGGCUCUGGGGCCUUGAGCUCAUCCCACUUCCAGUGUCCCAACUCCAGACUGUUAAUCUGUAACUAAUGUGUUUUUUUCUGAGAUUUUCAAACUGAUGUAUAUUUUAAGACCAGAAAUAAACUAUUUUAAAAGUA